GUUAUGAAAAUUGGCGUUUGAUAAGUUUUUUUUAUGAAAGUUUGACACCUAAAAUGCGCCAAUUUGUACAAACCAUGUGUAAUGGAGAAUUUUUUGACAAAGAGCCUGAGGAAGCAUUUGAAUAUUUUGAUUACCUUGCUGAAAAUGCUCAAUCUUGGGACACAGCUGAUGUGCAUGAUAGGUCUAGGCAAAUUGAGUCUGGUCAUGGAAAAUACACUUUAAAAGAAGAUGAUGAUUUGCGUGCUAAGUUAACCUUGUUGUCUAGAAAAAUGGAAGCUAUGGAAUUGAAAAAGGUAAAUGAAGUGCAUGCUGUCCAUAAAAAUUUAGAGAAGUGUGGCAUAUGUGAGGAUCAUGGGCAUGCAACUAAUGAGUGUCCCACGAUCCCCGCAUUCAAAGAGGUAUUGUUGUACCAAUCUAAUGCUGUAAAUAUGAUACAAAAACCAUAUUCUGGUCCUUAUUCUAAUUCUUAUAAUCCAGGAUGGAGAAACCACCCAAAUUUUGAGUGGAGGAAUGACCAGCAAUUAGCUCCAGCAGCCUUGGCUCCAGGACCCUCUCAACUCGCAAUUCAAGCACCUCCAAUGCAAAAGAAGGGUCUUGAGGAGACGAUGCAUCAAUUGUCAAACACCUUGCAGCAGUUUAUGCAAGGUCAAGCAACAAUCAACAAUCAAAACUCUCAAGCGAUAAAUGACAUUCGGAGCACACUUACCAAGAUGACUACGGCUUGGAGUUCUCAAGAGAAAGGAAAACUUCCUGCACAACCUCAACCCAAUCCACAAAGUCAACCACCACAAGGAGCGGUUGAGAGCUCAAAUGUGAGGCAAGUGAAGGAGGUCACUACUUUGAGAAAUGGUAAGGUGGUGAACAUUCCAGCUCAAGGUUCAGACAAGGCUGGUAAGAUUCAACAAAUUCCUGCAUAUGCUAAGUUUCUAAAAGAUUUGUGUACAGUUAAAAGAAAAUUAAAUGUGCAAAAGAAAGCUUUUCUUACUGAGCAGGAAAAUGCUAAAGUUUCUAGGGAGAUGCAAAGGAGAUUAAAUCCUACCAUGAAAGAGGUGGUAAAAACAGAGAUUUUAAAGUUACUUGACGUGGGAAUCAUCUACCCUAUUGCGGACAGCAAGUGGGUAAGUCCCAUUCAUGUAAUUCCAAAAAAAUCUGGGCUUACCAUUGUGAAAAAUGAGAAAGAUGAACUGAUUCCUACUAGGAUUUCUACUGGUUGGCGAAUGUGUAUAGAUUAUAGGAAGUUGAAUGCCGCCACUAGGAAAGAUCAUUUCCCUUUGCCAUUUCUUGAUCAAGUGCUUGAAAAAGUUGCGGGUCAUGAUUUCUAUUGCUUUCUUGAUGGAUAUUCUGGUUUUUACCAAAUAGAAAUAGCACCCGAAGAUCAAGAGAAAACAACUUUUACUUGCCCGUUUGGCACUUUUGCAUUUAGAAGAAUGCCUUUUGGACUAUGUAAUGCACCUGCUACUUUUCAAAGAUGUAUGCUUAGUAUUUUCAGUGACAUGAUUGAAAACUGUUUGGAAAUAUUCAUGGAUGAUUUUUCAGUGUUUGGCAGUUCUUUUGAUGCAUGUUUGACUAAUUUACAAGCUGUUUUAGCCAGGUGUGAAGAGAAGCAUUUGCUUCUCAAUUGGGAAAAGUGUCAUUUCAUGGUUCAACAAGGCAUAGUUCUGGGUCACAUAGUCUCAUCACGAGGUAUUGAAGUUGAUAAAGCUAAAAUUGAACUUAUUUCCAAGCUUCCUAUACCCAAAACAGUAAAAGAAAUCAGAUCAUUUCUUGGGCAUGCUGGGUUUUAUAGGAGAUUCAUUCAAAAUUUUAGUUCUAUCUCUAAGCCUUUGUGUGAGUUACUUAUGCAUGAUGUUGCUUUUGAAUGGACCUCUUCUUGUCAAGAUGCUUUUGAUAAGCUGAAAAUUUUGCUCACCACAGCUCCUAUCAUGCAGCCCCCUGUUUGGUCUAUUCCUUUUGAGAUAAUGUGUGAUGCCAGUGAUGUAGCCAUAGGAGCUGUUCUUGGACAGCGUAUAAAUAAGUUCCCACAUGUCAUUUCUUAUGCAAGUAAAACUUUAAAUGGAGCCCAAAGAAAUUAUUCUACCACAGAAAAGGAAUUGCUUGCUGUAGUUUUUGCAUUAGACAAGUUUCGAACUUAUAUUCUUGGUUCUCCUGUGGUUGUUUUCACUGACCAUGCAGCGUUAAAGUACUUAUUGUCAAAGAAGGAUGCUAAACCACGUUUAAUCCGAUGGAUUCUUCUUCUCCAAGAAUUUGACCUUAUCAUCAAAGACAAGAAGGGUGCUGAAAACGUAGUUGCCGACCACUUGUCUCGGCUUACAUUUGCUGAAAAGGAUCACACUAACCCUAUCCUUGACUCUUUUCCUGAUGAACAAUUAAUGUCAGUUGAAAAUUUGCCUUGGUUUGCUGACAUAGUUAAUUUUUUGGUGACAGGACAAACUCCACCCCAUUGGAGUGCUCAAGACAUGCGGAAAUUCAAGCAUGAGGUAAAGUCAUUCUUUUAUGACGAUCCUUACUUGUUUAAAUAUUGUUCUGACCAAAUCAUAAGGAAAUGUGUGCCUGAUCAUGAAACGAAUGGGCAAGCUGAAUUAGCUAAUAGGGAACUUAAGCACAUCUUAGAAAAAACAGUCAACCCCAACAGAAAAGAUUGGUCUUUAAGGCUUACUGAUGCGCUUUGGGCUUAUAGGACAGCCUUUAAAACCUCUCUUAACAUGUCUCCUUAUCGCUUGGUCUAUGGAAAGGCAUGUCAUCUUCCAGUUGAGCUUGAACAUAAGGCAUAUUGGGCUGUUAAACAAUUUAAUUUUUCUAUUGACCAUGCUGGUUCUGUGAGAAAAUUUCAGAUUUCAGAAUUGGAUGAGCUUAGGCGAGAUGCAUAUGACAAUUCUAAAUUGUCAAAGGAACGCAUGAAGGUAUUACAUGACAAGCACAUCCAAAGAAAGAGUUUUGAGCCCAAUGAGCAAGUCUUACUUUACAAUUCCCGCCUCCAUCUAUUUCCAGGCAAAUUAAGAUCGAGGUGGAGUGGGCCUUAUGUAGUUAAGACUGUGUUUCCAUACGGAGCUGUUGAGAUUACUAAUCCUCAAAAUGGAAACACUUUCAAAGUUAAUGGCCAACGACUUAAACAUUUUUUGCCAAAACUUUCACAUGAGGAUGCUUCUAUUCCUUUGGAAGAUCCCAUUUAUUCUCAUGUAUAUCUUUUCAGGUUCAGCACUGUUUAUUCCUUUAUGGUUUCAUUUUUACAUUCACAAUCCUUUCAGCCAUCUCAGGGAGAUGAAUUGAGCAGCAAGGGCAAAAUGCAAGAGGCAAGGAACGAAGGCACAAAACGCAAGAGAGGGAGGCAUGAAACGCGGACGCAUGUGCUGGGCUGCAAUGGGAUGAAACGCACAGCAGCAAGGCCUGGUGGGCAGAGACGUGCGCACUGCAGUGGAAUGAAACGCUGGGCUGCGGACGUGAAACGCAGGAGCUGCGUGCGCACUGCAGGCAGAUCAAAACGCGCAGCAUCAAGGCCUGGUGGGCUGAGACGUGCACAUUGCGGAGAGAUGAACUGCACGAACGUGGGCUGA